UUAAAUAUAGCUAAGAAAAAAGCACAAUGGAGUUUUACGAGUCUACCUACUUUAUCAUCCUCAUUCCUUCUGUGGUUAUUACAGUCAUCUUCCUCUUCUUCUGGCUUUUCAUGAAAGAAACUUUAUAUGAUGAAGUCCUUGCAAAACAGAAAAGGGACCUAAAGUUUCCACCUACCAAGACUGAUAAAAAGAAAACGGAGAAGAAGAAGAACAAGAAGAAAGAAGCUCAGAACGGGAACAUCCAUGAGUCUGACUCUGAAAGUACACCUCGGGACUUCAAGCUCUCCGAUGCCCUGAGCACGGAUGAAGAGCAUGUCGCUCCUGUUCCCUUGAGCGUGACUGAAGCAUCUACCGGCGUUAGAGAACGGAAGAAGAAGGAGAAGAAGCAUAAGGCCGUUCAAGAUGAUCAUGUAACUAGGGAUUCGGAAGGAUCCAAGUCUUCAGGCAAGAAAGUAGAACCAGUCCCUGUUACAAAACAGCCCACUCCACCAUCUGAAUCAGCAGCAUCUAAGAAGAAGCCUGGGCAGAAGAAGCAGAAAAAUGGAAUGGAUGACCAAGAUACUAAGACCGAUUCUGUUGUAUCUCCUGCCAAAAAGCAAGAGCCAGUGCUGCUUCACCAGGAGAUAAAGCAAGAAAAUGUAUCGGGAAAGAAGAAAGUCUCUGCAAAGAAGCAGAAAGUUGAUAAUGUUUUGGUCGAUGAACCUCUUAUUCAAGCAACUACUUAUAUUCCUUUGAUGGAUAAUUCAGAUGCUGGCGCUUUGGAAAAGAGAGAAGUGGUUGAAGUGGCAAAACAAAAUGCGAAUGAGGGGAUCCAGAAGAGCGGUGGCAAGAAACUGAAGAACGAGACGGAUAAAGAGAAUGCUGAAGUAAAAUUUAAAGACUUUGUAAUGGCCAUGAAGAAUAUUAUCUUCACUGAAGAUGAGGCCCGUCGCAUAGUGGAGGUGUUAAAGGAGAAAUCCAGUGCAAUUCAUGAUGUCUUGCAAAAGGCUAGCAAGGCUGAGUUGGCUGCAGCUGUACAUCAGCUGCAGGACAAAGAGAAGGUGCUCGCUGCGAUGAAGGAGGAGGCAGCCUCUGCAAAGGAGCAGUGCAAGCAGCUCACCCAGGAGCUGGUUGCAGAAAAGGAAAGGAACGGCUUGCUUACAGCGAAAAUGCGAGAGCGCAUCAACACUCUAGAAAAGGAGCACGGCACUUUUCAGAGUAAAAUACACGUUAGUUACCAAGAAUCUCAGCAGAUGAAGAUAAAGUUCCAGCAACUCCGUGAGCAGAUGGAGGCAGAAAUAAGCCACCUGAAGCAGGAAAAUGGUAUCCUGAGAGAUGCUGUCAGUACUUCUGCCAAUCAAAUGGAGAGCAAGCAGUCGGCUGAACUGAACAAACUGCGCCAGGAUUAUGCGAGGCUGGUGAAUGAGCUGGGAGAGAAGAGCAGCAAAUUGCAGCAAGAGGAGCUCCAGAAGAAGAACGCAGAGCAGGCGGUUGCUCAGCUAAAGGUGACUUGG